ACAGACUGGCAAUAAGGAGAAGAAGAAGAAGGAGUCUCUCAAAUUUGGAUCUUCAAGAAAGAGAGACGCUUGGUAUUGGGAUAAACCACCAUGAGUCUCUUCGGUCUUGGAAGCAGAAACCAAAAAACAUUUCGUCCAAAAAAGAGUGCUCCAUCUGGAAGCAAGGGUGCUCAACUUCAAAAACACAUCGAUGCUACAUUGGGUAGUGGGAACUUGAGGGAAGCUGUUAAACUCCCUCCUGGGGAAGAUAUCAAUGAGUGGCUAGCUGUGAACACUGUUGAUUUCUUCAAUCAAGUGAAUAUCCUCUUUGGCACGCUUACAGAAUUUUGCACGCCAAGUAACUGUCCUUCAAUGACUGCAGGACCAAAGUACGAGUAUAGAUGGGCUGAUGGUGUUACUAUCAAGAAACCAAUAGAGGUAUCUGCUCCAAAGUAUGUUGAGUAUUUGAUGGAUUGGAUAGAAUCUCAGCUAGAUGAUGAAACAAUUUUCCCUCAAAAGUUAGGGGCUCCCUUUCCACCCAAUUUUCGAGAUGUUGUGAAGACAAUUUUCAAACGAUUAUUCCGUGUAUAUGCUCAUAUUUAUCACUCACAUUUUCAGAAGAUAGUGAGUUUGAAGGAAGAAGCUCACUUGAAUACUUGCUUCAAGCAUUUUGUUUUGUUUACUUGGGAAUUCCGUUUGAUCGACAAAGCAGAGUUGGCACCUCUUGAGGACCUCGUUGAUUCUAUUAUACAACUAUAGUGUUACUCUUCCCUUCCUUUUUGGGGGAGGUUAAACACUUAAAUGUUAAGUGUACAUUUUUGUGCUCUUAUCUUGCCCUUGUAUAAUACUUACUGAAUGGAAAAUUUUUAGCCACCUCUUUGUCUGUCUCCAUUGUUGUGAUGGUAGCUCAAUUAUCUUGUCUAUCAAGCAAAACCUCCUUAUGCGGCAAGCAAACUAAUAGAUGCAUUGACGCUUUGUAUUUUUUAGCAGAUGUUUCAAAGUUUUCUCCUCA